AUGCUUGGCUUUGUGGCACUUCCACCAUUGCUUUGGGCACUGACCAAACUGCACCUGGCGUGGAUUUGCAUUCCCAUCGGGAUGCUUCUUGUGUUCGGCAGUGCUGGCCGUUGGUGCUGUACCUGUACUCUUGUUCUUCGCUCACCUGAAACCAAAGAGGAUUUCAACGAAUCACCUACAUGGACAGAGGGUCACUGA